AUGGGAGGAAACAACAGAUGAAGGAGGCCGACUGGCCAAGCAGGGCAAGCACACAGUGACACAGCACUGCUCCAGGUACAGGACUGGCAACUCGUGUCCCUUGCCUAGCCGAAAGCUCCGAAACAGACUGCCAUGUUCUUGCAAUCCUGCUGUCCGCUUCUCGAUCUCGGCGUCUCUGGCUCUGGGAGUACGCGGUUGCGCCGGCUCGUCCGCGCCCAUUUCGCUUGCCGUCAGGACCUGAGUCCAGACGACACUCUUUACCAAAAAGCACCAGGCAUGUUUUCCUGGAACCAGUCACCGCUUAAUCCUGUACCUCUAGUUAGCAAGAACCCUCGGCCGGCCCGCGUCUCUUAAAUUUCUGCCCUUUCGCGCCCGAGGUUCCUUGUUCUUGUUUGCUUGCUGCAGUUCUGUAAAGGCUGUGGCCACUGGCCAGCACUCUGCGACGUGUAUGCGAGUAGAAUGAGCUGUUGAAGGGACGAUGUGAGCGUGGAAACGAGAUGUCUCUUUGCGUGUAGUAGUAUAUGGACGCUCAAAUAAAGAGAAGAGAGCUGUGGAUUUGGAAUAUGAAAGAGUGAGUCUGUUGGCCUCGGGGGGAGAUCAGAUAAUUGAGAUAAUGCUGACUUCAAUAUACGUUCCGUUAAAAAUCAUGACUUGAGAGACGCUAAACUCUCUAAGAAAAAUCACGUCAAGAGAACAGAAAUACUUUCUAUAACGCAUACUUUAUCAUGACAGUACAUUUUAUGUUUUUUUAUCUUUUACAUAUAUCAAAGUACGUUUCUUAUACAAAAGUUAGUAAUCUCCAAGAGACUAUAUUUUCAACUCUUGACUCUUUAUUUAUCUAUCUAUAAAAAUUAAACUCUAUCUAUAAAAAUUAAACUCUAUAUGUAGUAUCUCGUUCCAACCGUUAGUUUGGCUAGCGAUGAGGGCAAUUUAGAGAGCCGGAUGACUUGGCUAGUUAAGAGCAACUCCAAGAGACUAUGUAUAUGGUUUUGUAAAGGUAAAUUUAGCUAAUAUUAAAAGAAAAUUGUAUCCAAUAGACUCUGUAAACGACUCUUCAAAUUUAGUGGCUCUCUAUUUCUCCAUCUUCGCUCUCCAUUUUUGGAUAGCCUGCUUCACUCUCUAUUCAGUCCGUAAGUUUACCGAGUCUGUUGGAUUAGCCUACAUUUUUUUUUCUCUAAAAUCUAUUUUAGAGAUUAGCUAAAUCAGUAAAUUUGUCUAGUAUUUUUAGCUAAUCUCUUGGAGUUGCUCUAAAUGGUUAGUCUGUUGAAAAUUUAUUUUACUGUUAAAUAUUUAAAUUUUAACUUGAUGAAUCAUUUGACUAGUUUCUUGGAGAUGCUCUUAUCAUUUUUUUUUUCGAACAAAAUCUAAUAUACACACAACAAUAGGAGAACCUGCGUGUGUAUAUAUAAUAAAGAGGGAUACGAUAGCUUUUGUAUAAGAUAUAUAUUUUGGUUUAGUUAAAGGAUAAAAAAUAUAUACCACAUAAUUACGAAGAGGUAUGCGUAUUAUAGGUAUUCCGUUAGUAUAAAAUUAUAAAAAAUUAGAGACUUCCAUAUUGGCGUGGACAUGUGGACAUUUGUUCUAAUUGUCUCGGCGGGCGGAGUGAAAAGGAGAAAGGAGAAGAUAAAGCAGAGGAUGUGUCAUGUGCCCCUCAUUAAAAAGGAGGCACAGACGCCGCUGAGCUCUACUAGUACCACUGCUCCGCUCAUCUCUCCUGCGGCGGUGGAAGAUUAGGAAUUGAGCCCGCGGCAAGCUCGGGGAGUUACUGUGAAUCCAUCUGAUUCCCACCCACCCGCGCAGACGCAGCUGCAUUCCGCGAUCCCAGGCGGCGGGAGGCGGCUCUUGAUGCUAGAGAUGCUCGCUCCGCGUCGUUCUCGGCAGCACCGACGGCGGGUAGGUGGAGGCAGAGGGCCCCGGUGAGAACAGAAGUGUCAGUGGUGCUGGUGUUCCCUUACCUUCGCCGCUUCGCGAGUGCUGUUCUUUCCUUCAGUUGUCGGCGGCAAUGGCGCCGGGCCUGAGGCUGGCCUACCCGUGGGGGAGGGAUGUCCGGCGGGGCACGCCGGUGGUGGUGACCAUGGAGAACCCCAACUACUCGGUGGUGGAGAUUGACGGGCCCGAGGCGGAGGCGCUCCGGGCCGGCGUGCCUCCCAUGGACAAAGGCCGAGGCCGGGGCCGGAGCGCCAAGCAGUUCACUUGGGUGCUGCUCCUCCGCGCACACCGUGCCGCCGGGUGCCUCGCCUCGCUCGCCGCCGUCACCUGGGCGCUGCCGUCUGCCGUCGCGAAGCGUUUCCGGCGGGCCGCCGCCGCCGAGGGCGUCGGCCGCGGCCGGGGCUGGCUGCUCUACAGGUUCAUCAAGGUGCUCUUGGCGCUCUCCUUGCUCGCCCUCACCGUUGAGCUGGCGGCCUACUGGAAAGGGUGGCACUUUCAGAGGCCCAAUUUGACUAUGCCUGAAUUUCAUGUGCCGGAGGUGGAGGACAUUCAGGGGUGGCUGCACACGGCGUACCUCGCCUGGAUGUCAUUCCGAGCUGACUACAUCCGACGGCCGAUCGAGUUCUUGUCCAAAGUUUGCAUUCUGCUAUUUGUUGUCCAAUCGUUGGAUCGGCUCGUCUUGUGCAUCGCAUGCUUCUGGAUUAAGCUCAAGAAAAUCAAGCCAAGGCUUGAAGGGGACCCAUUCCGGGAGGGUUCAGGGUAUCUGCACCCGAUGGUACUUGUUCAGAUUCCUAUGUGCAAUGAAAAGGAGGUCUAUGAGCAGUCGAUUUCAGCCGUCUGCCAGCUAGAUUGGCCUAGGGAUAAGUUUCUAAUCCAGGUGCUUGAUGAUUCGAGCGACGAGAGCAUUCAGAUGUUGAUCAAAGCAGAAGUUUCUAAGUGGAACCAGCAGGGUGUGAACAUUGUCUAUCGGCAUCGGGUGUUGAGGACUGGGUAUAAAGCUGGGAACCUGAACUCUGCAAUGAGCUGUGACUAUGUCAAGAAUUUUGAAUUUGUUGCCAUUUUUGACGCGGACUUCCAACCAAGCACUGAUUUUCUCAAGAAAACAAUCCCACAUUUUGAUGGGAACCCUGAGCUUGGAUUAGUUCAAGCCCGUUGGAGCUUUGUGAAUAAGGAUGAGAACCUCUUGACCCGCCUUCAAAAUAUCAACCUUUGCUUCCACUUUGAAGUGGAGCAGCAGGUCAAUGGUGUCUUCCUGAACUUCUUUGGGUUCAAUGGAACUGCUGGAGUCUGGAGGAUCCAAGCUUUAGAAGAAUCAGGAGGCUGGCUUGAGCGAACAACCGUGGAGGAUAUGGAUAUUGCUGUUCGGGCUCACCUGAAUGGAUGGAAGUUCAUCUUCCUGAAUGAUGUGAAGGUCUUGUGUGAAGUUCCAGAAUCUUAUGAAGCAUAUCGGAAACAGCAACACCGGUGGCAUUCUGGCCCAAUGCACCUUUUCCGGCUGUGCUUUCCGGACAUAAUUACUGCCAAGAUCUCCUCAUGGAAGAAAGCAAAUUUAAUACUAUUGUUCUUUCUUUUGAGGAAGUUGAUACUUCCUUUCUAUUCUUUCACAUUAUUUUGUGUCAUUCUUCCAUUAACCAUGUUUGUUCCCGAGGCCGAGUUGCCUGUGUGGGUCAUCUGUUAUGUGCCGAUUUGCAUGUCCUUCUUGAAUAUUCUGCCAUCCCCAAGAUCAUUUCCCUUCAUUGUACCAUACCUCCUCUUCGAGAACACCAUGUCUGUUACCAAAUUCAACGCAAUGGUGUCCGGGCUGUUCAAACUCGGGAGCUCCUACGAAUGGGUUGUCACCAAGAAGUCUGGCCGAUCAUCUGAAUUGGAUCUCUUGACAUCGGAAGAAAAGAAUAGGAAGUGCACCACACUUCCUCAGCUCCAGAAUCAAUUGCCUGAAAACAGUGAGCUGGUCGAGAUCAAUGUGCGAAAGGAACAGCGAGAGAAGGUGCCAAAUGACGCCAAAAGGGGUAACAAGAUCUACAAGAAAGAGCUUGCUCUUUCUCUGCUCCUGCUCACCGCUGCGACUCGGAGCCUCUUGUCUGCUCAGGGGAUUCAUUUCUACUUCCUUCUGUUCCAGGGGAUGUCAUUCCUUGCCGUUGGCCUCGAUCUAAUUGGUGAACAGAUAAGUUGAUUCCUCGCAUGCUAUUGUUCUUGUUCAGACAGCAUGGGAAUCACACAUAUGUUCAUACAUACAGUGAUAUCAAAAUUCUAAAUUUCCCAUUCAUGGUUUAGAGUUUUGCUUCAGAAUUGCAACCCUGCUCAACGACAAAGGGGAGCGCAACUGCCUCCAGAAAGCCCAACAGUACAUAAUAAACUGAAGAGUUGAUAGCUCUUGUUCAUCUGUACGCUCUCAGUAAAUGUUCCAGCAGUGUUCAUAAAUAGAGUUCCGUUUCCGCUGAAGUUCUUUUGAGUUUUCAUGAACACUGAAAUGUGUACCGUGUUUCAUUUGUAAAUCGUGAUACGACGAAAUUGGUUUCGAAGAAGAUAAACUGUCAAAUUCAGUGUGAUAUUUGUCUC